CUUCAUCAAACCUUCAUCGAACCUUCAUCGAACCUUCAUCGAACCACAGCGGCAUUUCCGUUCCGUACGAAACCGUGCCGACAGCCAAGAUGGGAAUCCGUCGGUCUAUCGAGCUACUGUCCUUCCUUCUUUGCUUCGGAAUCACUUUGCUGCAUGGCAAGCCGAGUGCACUCCCUCCAAUUCCGACGGAAGAGGAAUUUGACUCUCCUAUCUCCAAUGCGACGGAUGCGGAACAAGAAAAUGCGAAAUCCAAUGCGCGGAACCUUUGCACCGCAACGACCAAGACCAAAAAGGACAUUUCGCUCUGCCUCCAGUACCUGAGCACCAAUCUCCAGGACCUGUCCAGCCGCUUCAACCAAUUCGUGGAGGGCACGAACUUCCACGACUCGGAACGCGUUUUCGUCUACGACUGGCGAGUUCCGUUGGAGGCCAUGGAGAAUCACUCGCUCGGGGAAGAACUGAUCUCGGAGCGAUUCUACAUCGCGCCGGGCAGCUAUAGGAUGUUCCUGAGCACGUUCCCCGCCGGAGACGCGAACGCGGACGAUUCGUACCUCAAGUACGUGAACGUGUUCGCCGGCGUGGCCCGCGGCGUCCACGACGACCUCCUCGCCUGGCCCUUC